UCCAUGGCUUACGCAAAAGAAAAGUUUGCUCUGCUCAAACCCUUUGCCUCCGAGGUUCCCUCGGCAACAAAUGGCUCCCGUCCCAGAGCAGGAAGGACUAGGACUAGGAGAUACGGCAAGACGAAGUGAAGAUGAUGCAGAGGAAGCAGAAGAUGAUGCGGACGAAGAGAAGGAGGAGGCGGUUGAAGCCGACGCUAAUGCCCCCUCGCAUCUUCCCCUUGCUCCUCACCCCGACUCUGAGAUAUUAGACGCAACAACAACAGUUGAUCCUAGCUAUAUCAUCUUUCUUAUAAGACAACUUCUACCAUAUGACUCGAAUGUAGAAAAGCAAUCUAAGGUGGCAGACUCUGAUAUGCAAAAAAAUCUUGGUAAAGGAGAAAGCAAUGUUGAGUUAGAUGAUAGGAAACCCUCAACCGAAGAUACAAGAGAACCACAGGAAGACUGUGGCUGUAUCCUAUGGGAUCUUGCAGCUACCGAAUCACAUGCUGAACUAAUGGUGCAAAAUCUAAUACUUGAAGUGCUUGUUACCAGUCUGCAUGCAUCACGUUCUUUCCGGCUGAAGGAAAUUUGCUUGGGAAUCAUUGGGAACUUAGCCUGCCACAAAAAUCUAAGCUCUACAAUAGUAUCUACAAAUGGUUUGAUCCAAAUAAUUGUUGAUCAGUUGUUUCAAGAUGAUUCUGUCUGCCUUUCAGAGACAUUCAGGCUAUUGUCAGUGAGUCUCCAGAGUAGUAGUUCUGUCACCUGGGCUGAAGCUUUGCUACACGAUCAAAUUCUUCUAAGGAUACUGUGGAUUAUUGGGAAUACACUGAACAUGACUCUUCUGGAAAAGAGCAUUGAGUUUUUGCUGACCAUAAUUCAACAUGAAGAAGUGGAGGCUGUUCUUCUUCAGCCUUUGGUGAAGUUUGGUUUACCAAAUCUUGUUUUGAGUCUAUUAGAAUCUGAGUUCAACCAGUUAAAGGAGAACAAAUUGGAAAGGUUGGCUGUUUUUGAUCUAGUUCUUCAAGUAGUUGAAGCACUUUCAACAGCAGAUAAUUGUUUUGAUUUGAUAACUUCCAAUAAUCACAUUUUCCACCUUGCUUGUGAAGUGGUUAAGCUGUCUCAUAAGAUUGAGGUUGAUAGCCUAUGUGCUUCGGCUGUUGUCAUACUUGCAAAUAUCUUGGUUGAUCAACGUAAUUUGGUCCUAUCCAUCGCUAAUGACUUUCAAUUUCUUCAGGGUCUACUUGAUGCUUUACCCUUUGUUUCUAUUGAUUCUACCGCUCGAAGUGCAUUAUGGUCUAUCUUGCAAAGGGUGUUGUGCCUAACUGAGGGAAAUGACGAUGGCUCACUGGACCUGCAUAGGUUAACACUGCUUCUAUUGGACAAACAUUUUCUAAUCGUGAAUGACAUUGAUAGUCACGCCAGCGAUGAUUUUGGUGGUGAUGAAGGAAAGGAAUUUGUCAUCGCUAGUGGAAAGAGAAUUGCCAGUAUUCUAGAGAAAUGGAAAGAGAGAGAUCCAUCUUCGACUGAGAAUUAUGACGGUAAAGCCCAGAAGUUGCUUGACUGCUGUCGUAAGUCUUGUUUCUAGGCUCGCAUGGCAUUCCAGGGAAGAUGCAACACACCAUGAAGUCCCUAUUUUUCUUGUAGGACAGCGACAUGUGCUGUUCUAUAACUGAAUGUUAUUUAUGUAAACUUGCAUUGUUGAAGCUGUUUAAUCACAGAGAACUUCGUUACUUUUA